AUGACACCAGGCCGACUCCACCACCACCUCUCCCUUCUUCUCGCUCCGAUCUUACUCCUCCCCCUCUUCGCCGCCACGUCUCCUCUCCCCUUGCUUCCCUCUCCCAACCCCGACCUUGGCCCCCUCCUCGCCUUCAAGCUCUCCCUCUCCCGCCACACCCCCGCCGCCCUCUCCUCGUGGGACCCUGCCGCUGACCCUUGCGCCUCCUGGCGCGGAGUUUCCUGUCGCGGCGGCCGCGUCGCCCGCCUCGUCCUCGUGGGCCUCCGCCUCGACGGUCCCAUCCACCAUCUCGCCGGCCUCCCCCGCCUCGCCCUUCUCAGCCUGAACAACAACUCUUUCUCCUCUCCCCUCCACCGCCUCGACCUCUCCCUCUCCCCCUGGCGCUCCCACCUCAAGCACCUCCACCUAUCCCACAACCGCUUCUCCGGCCCCUUCCCUGUCUAUUUUCUCCGCCUCCGCCGUCUCCGCCGCCUCGACCUCGCAGGGAACCUCAUCUGCGGCACCAUUCCUCCGGAGAUCGGCCUCCUACUCCGCCGCCUCCUGACCCUACGCCUCGAGGAGAACGAGCUCGAUGGAGCCAUCCCGGUCUCGGUGGGCUCCAUUCCGGGGCUCACCGACCUCAACGUCUCUCACAACCGUUUGGUGGGCGAGAUCCCCCGCCAGCUCUCCUCCUUCCCCCCGUCGUCCUUCGCCGCGAACCCGGGUCUUUGCGGGGGCUCUCUGCUACGGAGGUGCCUGAAAAACUGGACAGCGAGCUGCGAUCGGAGGCCGCCGCCGAUGGUGAACGGGCGGAAGAUCAGGAAAUGGGUGGCAGCAAUAGCGGGGGCGAUGUCCGCCACUAUCGCGGCUGCGGCCGCCGUCGCGAUGGUCGCCCUCUUGUGCCUCAAGCGGAGGGCAAAGAAUAGAGAAGUGGAAGUUGCGGAGAAAGGGAGAAAAGAGGGGGAGGAGGCGGAAGAGGCGGAGGAGGGAGGGAGGAUGGAGUUGUUUGAGGGUUGCGGGCGGUUUGCAUUGGAGGACCUGAUGAGGGGGUCGGCAGAGAUGUUGGGAAGGGGGGCUGUGGGUUCCACGUAUCGUGUGGUGAUGGAGGGGGGACAAGCGGCGGAGGUGGAGGCGGUGGUGGUGAAGAGGGUGAGGAGGAGGGUGAAGGAGAAGAGUGGGAAGGAGGAGGAAGAGUUACUUGGGGAGAUAGGCGGGUGGCGACACCCCAAUGUAGUGAGCUUGAGAGCGUACCAUUACUCGUCUACCGGCGAGGAGCUGCUGCUGGUGUACGAUUACCUCCCUAGCGGCAGCCUUUCGAACCUCUUACAUGGGAACCGAGGACCAGGAAGGAUUCCAUUGGAAUGGACCUCAAGGCUGCAGCUCGCGCUGGGUGCCGCCAAAGGCCUCGCAUACCUCCACGGAACAUCCAAUUCCAAGCCCUCCCACCAACACCUCACCUCUUCCAACGUCCUCGUCGACGGUGAAGGCAACGCAUGCAUCUCCGACUUCGGCCUGCUCGAGCUAGUCUCUCCAUCACCACCCUCCUCGUCCUUCAGCUCCGGUUCCCACGCUGCGGUGGCAGAAACCCGGCAAAGAAGCGAUGUGUACAGCUUCGGGAUCAUUCUGUUGGAGAUAUUGACGGGCAGGCCCGCGGUGGUGCACGGUGAAGAGGAUUUGGCCAAGUGGGUGCAGACCGUGGUGAGAGAGGAAUGGACGUCAGAGGUGUUCGACAUAGAGCUGACGAGGGGAAAAGGCGCUGAGGACGAGAUGUUUGCUCUCUUGCAGGUGGCGCUGCUCUGCGUAGCGCAAGAGCCGAAGGACCGGCCCAGGAUGGCCGUGGUGUAUAAGAUGAUCGAAGACAUCAGGGAGAGGGGAAAUCGGAGGAGCAGAGGAUCGCUUUCUCCUUCUCUGCAUGACCAUUCCUAUGAAUCCUCCUCCCCUUGUCUCUCCGAAGACACUCCCACCUUCACAAGCUGUUGAUAUGUUUCGACGUGGAUGAUGAAGAAUGCUGAUAAAACGAA